UGUUUACCAUAUUUGUUGCCACUCCUACUUAUUUAAACUGCUUUAUAUUAUUUGUUUCCAUAGCAAGCCUCUUGCUUUUCCUUUUCCAUUGAAACUUCUUCAUCUUCUCUCUCCUCCAAAAAAACACUCUAUCUUUAUUUUAUUUUUUUAUUUUUUUUUUCAUUUUCUGUCCCAGAGUUCUUGAAGUUUUCUAUAACACUUUGAGUUUUGUUCAAUCAUUUUCCGCUGGUGAAACUGGGAAAUCUAUUAAAGGCAAUAUAACGAAAGAGCAUUUUAUGUAAAUGUUCUUCCACUAGCUUCUCUAUGCACUUCUUGAGUGUCCUGCAGUUCUGAAUUAUGCAAAUAACUAGUCCAGAGUAAUACAUGAUUUAGCAAAAAGAAAUUUGACACAGUCAUGAAGUUUAUGAAACUGGGAUCUCGUCCAGAUACCUUUUACACUGCAGAGUCUGUAAGGACAAUCUCUUCUGAAGUUUCAAGUGACCUCAUAAUUCAAGUGAAAGGAACUAGAUAUCUUCUUCAUAAGUUUCCCCUGCUGUCAAAAUGUUUGCGCCUGCAAAGACUGUGCUCAGAGAGUUAUGAAUCUUCUGAUUCUCCUCAGCACCAAAUAGUUCAACUCCCUGAUUUUCCUGGUGGGGUGGAAGCAUUUGAGCUAUGUGCCAAGUUCUGCUAUGGCAUAACCAUCACUCUCAGUGCUUACAACAUUGCAACUUCGCGGUGCGCUGCGGAGUACUUGCAAAUGACUGAGGAUGUUGAGAAGGGAAAUUUGAUCUACAAGCUUGAGGUUUUCUUGAAUUCUUGCAUCCUCAAUGGAUGGAAGGAUUCCAUUGUUACUCUUCAAACCACCAAAGCAUUGCCUUUGUGGUCGGAGGAAUUGGCCAUUACCAGCAGAUGCAUUGAGGCCAUUGCCUCAAAGGUCUUGAGCCACCCCUCUAAGGUGAGUUUGUCACAUAGCCAUUCCCGGAGGGUAAGGGAUGAUGUGUCCUCUUGGAAUGGAACAGAAAGUCUGAGACACAAAUCAACAAGUAAGGGAUGGUGGGCUGAGGAUUUAGCAGAUUUGAGCAUAGACUUGUAUUGGAGAACCAUGAUUGCUAUCAAAUCUGGUGGUAAGACACCCUCAAAUCUCAUUGGUGAUGCACUGAAAAUAUAUGCAUCUAGAUGGCUACCAAACAUAAGGAAGAAUGUGAUUGUCAAGAGGGAAAGUGAAUCGGACUCGGAUUCAGAUUCAGCUAGUGAGUUGACUUCAAAGCAUAGACUGCUUUUGGAGUCAAUAGUGAGCUUGCUUCCAGCAGAGAAAGGUGCUGUUUCUUGCAGCUUCCUUCUUAAACUCUUGAAGGCAGCGAAUAUUCUCAAUGCUUCUGCUUCUUCAAAGGUGGAAUUGGCCACAAGGGUAGGACUUCAGUUGGAGGAAGCCACGGUUAAUGAUCUUUUAAUACGCUCAGUGUCCAACACAAAUGAUAUGGUGUAUGACGUAGACUUGGUGAUGAUCAUAUUGGAACAAUUUAUGUUGCAAGGUCAGAGUCCACCAACAAGCCCUCCAAGAUCAAGGUUGACCAUUGAAAGGAGGAGGUCUCGUUCUGCAGAGAAUAUUAACUUCGAGUUCCAAGAGAGUAGAAGGUCCUCCUCAGCUUCUCAUAGCUCAAAGCUGAAGGUGGCUAAGCUUGUGGAUAGGUACCUUCAGGAGGUUGCCAGGGAUGCGAAUUUGCCUCUCUCAAAAUUCAUUGCCCUUGCUGAAACUAUACCAGAAUUUGCUAGACUUGACCAUGAUGACCUAUACAGAGCUAUUGACAUUUAUCUCAAGGCACAUCCAGAACUCAAUAAGAGUGAAAGGAAGAGACUGUGUCGAAUUCUAGACUGCAAAAAGCUGUCUAUGGAAGCUUGCAUGCAUGCAGCACAGAACGAGCUCCUUCCCCUAAGGGUGGUUGUCCAAGUUCUCUUCUUUGAGCAAGCACGAGCAGCAGCAUCUGGUGGAAAAGUGAGUGACAUGCCAAGCAACCUCAAGGCGUUACUCACUGCUCAUGGCAUUGACCCAUCAAAACACAAAGCACCAUUGAGCACCACAACAAGUAUACAUGCUGAUGACAAUUGGAGUGUUUCUGGAUUUAAGACACCAAAGUCAACUAGGAAUCCAACUCUCAGGAUGAAGCUAGCUGAGGAUGACCUGGAUGAAAAUGUGGUACCCCGUGAUGAAAUUGGAAGAACUUCUAGAUUUAAGGGUCUUCUUGCUUUUCCCACUCAACCCAAACGAAUGUUCAGCAAGUUGUGGGCUACCAACAAAAGUGCCACUGAAAAGAAUUGAGUGAACUUUUUCGAUUUUUGCAUCAUGGGGGUGGGAAAUUUAGAGGGUAACAUAUGAUAUACUAUAUUUUUCACUUUUUCAAAAGGUCUUGUAACAUCUAGGGAAAAUCAAUGUGCAUUGUUCGUGUAACCUAUAAUAAUAAGAAGUAAGAUUUUUCACAAGAGGGGAAAUGUGUUUGGUAAA